AUGAAUUCAGAAUUAGGAUCUUUUACAGAGCGUGCACCACUCAAGACUUAACCUUCAAUACCAAAACAACCACAAAGGCCUGCUUUCUUAAAAACAGUGAAUCUAAAAACUUUGCAAAAUCAUAAUAUAGUUUCCUUUCAAAAUAAAAUUUGGAGAGAAAAAGCACUAGUAGUCCUAAUUUAAGUACUUCGGUUUAUUUCCCUAAUAACUCGGAGUCCGUUUGCAUCCAAGUUUUCAUUGUUGGAUGGAAAUAUGUUCAGAAUCAUAGGUGAUAAAGCAGCUGACUUCAAUUACUAUUUGUUACAUGAUUACUUUAAAUAUAUGAAACCUUAACCAUCAUCUAGACUAAAGUACUUUAUUUAAAAACAUCUUUACUAAUGCUGUUAAAUGAAAGGAAUUUUGGACUCAAUUAUCAAUUUAAAGAUCACUUUAGAACCAGAAUCUAUAUUUCUCAUUGUUUGGAAUGUAAUUCUGCUCAUCCAUAUCAAUCUCAACACUCUUUACAUUACAGUGAGGUUUUCAUUUGAUUUUGAAAAUUAUCCUCCUGAGAGAUUUUAAAUUUGCGAAGUCUUUUUAUUUAAAGUUCCUUUUUACCUCUAUCUAUUUGACAUACUCAUAAAAAUGAAUACAUGUUAUUACGAGUUAGGAUAUCUUGUAAGAGAUCGAAAUAAAAUCAUGGCCAAUUUCUAUAAACACCAUUUUUUGAUGAAUCUUCUGAUUAUUGUUCCAUCAUUGAUAUAUUUGAUUGGUGUAACUGAAUUACCUUUAUAUUUAUUUUUGGUAAUAAAAGGAUUUUCUAUUCCCGAGAUAAUGGAAUCCAUUAUCGAUAGAAUGGAAUUAACUACUAAUUAUUGGGUAAUAUACGAUCUGCUUCGAUUGAUUUAUGUGAUACUAUAUUAAUCCCAUUUAUGCUGUUGUGGAUUAUAUUAUGUAGGCCUAUUAGAUAAAGAAACCUCAUGGUUAUUAACAAACAAUUUGAUAAACGAAACAUGGAUUAUUAAAUACUUUAGCACAUAUUAUUGGAGCAUUAUUACCAUGACCACUAUAGGAUAUGGGGAUGUGACUCCGUAAAAUUUGAUGGAAAAGGUUUAUCUAAUUUUUGUUGCCAUAGUUUCUUGCUGCACUUUUGGUUAUUCAAUUAAUAGUAUAGGAUAAAUACUGGGAUAAUUAUAAUCAAAAAAUCAUUAAAUAAGAGUUGAUUUAAAUGAUCUUAAGUAAUUUCUAAGAGUUAGAGGUUAUAAUCAUAAAUUGCAAAUUAAAAUUCUGAGAUUUUUUGAGUUUUUGUGGAAGGAUUAAAGCAAUGAAAACAAACUAGAUCUUAAUAAAUUUAAUUAGUAGCUUCCAUCUCAUCUAUAUAAUGAAAUGAUGAUAGAUCUGAAUAUGAAGAGUAUUUCAAAGAUUCCCUUUUUUAAAGAGAACUUCAACGAAGACUUUAUUUCAGCACUUGCCUCAAAAUUUGUGGAAGAAAAAUUAGUUCCUUUUAACACUAUAUUUUAAAAGAAUGAUCCCAGCAAUUUUUUAUAUAUACUAUGCGACGGUGAAAUUGAAUACUUUGUUGAAAUUCCUGAGGGAUCUGCAAAUAUUUUAGGCAUCCAAAUCGUUUCUGGAUAAGAUUAGAUAUUUGGAUAACAAGAAUUUCUAUUGGAUUAAAAUUAUGAAAUUGGAUGUAGAUCAUUGACAUCCUCUAGAAUUUUGAAAAUCUCUAAAAACGAUUUCUAAACUAUCGCAAAAAAAUAUGGAUAUGAAAAAUAUUGUUAAUUGAAAGAUCUUGUCAAAUUUUCUGGUCGAUUUGAUGAAUUUCAUCUGCAUUGUGUUGGAUGCAAUAAAUCAACACAUAUGCUUUAUCAAUGUCCUAUGUUAACGGGUUUUCCCAACAAGACAAAAAUAAUCAUCUAAUAUCGAAAAAAUAAAAUUCAAGAAAGAAAUUACUAUUGCAGAUAAAAUGCUAAUAGAAGACUAUCAUCCUUAAUUUUUGAGGCUUAGAUAUCAGACACUGUUCUGUAUUAUUUAAUGCAAGAUCCAAAAUUGUCUUAAUAAAUAAGUUCAAAGUACUUUAUCUAAUCACUGAAAUAAUAACAACAUUAAAAAGAGUAAAAUAAAGAAACUUAGAAAGAUCCUAAUUUAUAAUAUGAUACAAAUUAUACUAACAGAAAACUGUCAGUUUUAAAUAUAAAGGGUAGAAAAUAGUCACAGUAUAUAAAAAGGCUGCCAGGAUUUUUGAAUAAUUCUCUUUUAAAUUUUAAAAACACACAGGAGGACAAACUUAAGGCUGCUUUGGAAUCAUUUUCAAAGAAUGUUUCAGGGUGUAAUUCAGAAUAAUAAACGCCUCAACUUAAAGAAUUAAAAAAAUUUAAGACCCAUUUAGAUAAGAAUCAAGAUGAGAUAAACCCAUUAGAACAUAAUAAGAUAACUUAGGAUAUAGGAAAAUCUCUACUUUUUAAAUCUAUUAAUCAAUCUACAAAUUAAUGUUAAUCUAAUGAACCAGACACAAUAAGUGAGAUGGAAAAUUCUUCUGAUUCUGAAAUUAGUGAAUCUUCUUCAUCGGAAUUGAAGGAAAUCAGUCCAGCAAUUAAUUAUUUAAAUUAAUAACAUAUGGGAACUUACAAAGAUAUUUAUGAGGAAUUUGAUAAAUGCUAAGAUUUUCAAAAUUAUAUGUCUCAUAUGAAUUCUCAUAAAAUUUUAGAAUAAUUAAAUCAAAAUAAAGAUUGCUAGAACUUCACAGAUUUCAUGAUUGUUAAUUUUGUUAGAAAACGUAGAUCCAAAAGAGCAAAACUAAUAAUCAAAAUUGAUGAUUGA